UGCUUUUUCGUUGUUGACACAGAGACAGAACAUGGGCUGGGUCGAAUGGUAUAUAUACUUAGUCAGUGGAUGAUACAAGCACAUUGGGUCGUUUGUAGAGUCUCUUGUAGCAGCCUUAGCUAACCACAUUCGCAGAAGUAAACCACCAUGAAGUGCCUUAUCCUUUUGUCUGUUCUUAUUGUUGCUAUCUCAGCCCAAAGAAUAGUGGACCAGGAGGUAUAUCCUCCCAUCCCUUAUUCCUUCAGCUAUUCUGCUGACACUGAAGACGGUGGGCGCAGUGCCCACGAAGAAUCUGGGGAUGGUGCAGGAAGAGUCACUGGCUCCUACACUGUCCAGGGAGAGGGUGGAUUCGGAAGAGUGGUGGACUACAUCGCAGAUGAGAACGGAUUCCGAGCAACUGUUCGAACCAAUGAACCAGGAACCGCCAACCAGAACCCAGCCGAUGUGGUCAUGGAGUCCACUGCUGACAACACCCCUCUGGCACCCGUCAGGACAGCUCCCAUCGCCCCAGUUGCAAGGCCUGUUGUCCCCACUAAUUCCAGGCCAGGAGUGAGGUACAUCCUCGUCCCCAUCACCGACCCCAGAGCACAAGGAUACUACAGACGAUAGUAAACUUCAUCUUGAACCACAUUGUUUCCCUCUAUAAAAUAUUCUGAUCUGAAAUCUCUGUGUGACAUGAAGAUCUUUGGACUCUCCUUCAUGGCACUACUGUUCUUGAACGUCUGGUUCUGCUUUCUUUUAUGUUUUGUGAGUGUUUUGCUUUAAUAAAAGUUAAUCAAUUGGUGAAA